AUGUUUAUGUCCUGCAGCCGUUGAAGUGACGGGGCUGUCGCGGUCAUGGCCAUGUUCCGGAGCCUGGUGUCCUCCUCUCAGCACCGGCAGCACCACUCGCACCAGCCCUCGGCCACUCCGUCCUCCGCGGAUAGCCUGGAGGCGCAGUAUGGCUGCCCCAUCUGCCUGGAGGUCUAUCACAAGCCCGUGGCCAUCGGGAGCUGCGGCCACACGUUUUGUGGCGAGUGCUUGCAGCCGUGUCUCCAGGUCUCGUCUCCUCUGUGCCCGCUCUGCCGCAUGCCGUUUGACCCAAAGAAGGUGGACAAAGCCUCAAAUGUAGACAAGCAGCUCUCCUCGUACAAGGCUCCCUGCAGAGGCUGCAGUAAAAAGGUCACGCUGUCAAAGAUGAGGUCCCACAUCUCAUCGUGCCCCAAGGUUCAAGAACAGAUGGCCAACUGCCCAAAGUUUGUUCCUGUAGUCCCUACAUCCCAACCCAUUCCUAGCAAUAUCCCAAACCGUUCUACCUUUGUAUGCCCCUACUGUGGAGCUCGCAAUCUGGACCAACAAGAGUUAGUAAAACACUGCAUGGAAAAUCACAGGAGUGACCCCAACAAAGUGGUGUGCCCCAUCUGUUCAGCAAUGCCAUGGGGUGACCCCAGUUACAAGAGUGCCAAUUUCCUGCAACAUCUGCUCCACCGGCAUAAAUUCUCCUACGACACAUUCGUGGACUAUAGCAUUGACGAGGAAGCGGCCCUCCAAGCAGCCCUCGCUCUGUCGCUCUCGGAGAACUGAAGACCUCCAUUUAGUCGCCAGAGUUCUUCUCGGUGCUGCCACCCAUGGCCGAGGCUUGUACAUUCCUUCCAAGUUUAGCCAAUCACGUUUCCUUUCUCCCCAUGCCUUUCUUGUUUUAUUCCUAUUAUUUUGAUAGAGGUGGAAUCUUUUGGGAAUAGCAGAGGGAAAUGUCCAGCGUUUACGUUUGCUCAGAAAAAUGCUCUCCAGUGCAGUUGACAAAAAAUGGACAGCAUUUCCAGGCUGUUUAUUGAAACGGGAUCCGCUCCCGACUUCUUGGCUCGCUUUCCAUCCUGCGGCAAUGUAAGGAAACCAGUCCAGGAGCCGCAAGGAGGCUGCAUUGCCUUUCAGUUGGUCAGAUCUCACCAAAUAUGCCCUGUGCUUUAACCCUUUAUAUGUUGGAGGAAUCGGCCGCGUCGUGCUCAUCCCUCCAAGGGUUAGCAGAGCGAACC